UCCUCCUCGUUUUCUACAGCUGCAGGGGUUUUAGUUCGGAAUGUAGGUUGCUGUGCAUGUCGCGCUUCGGACCACCAAUAACAGACUCGGUCGCAAUAUUCGUGGCCAGCAAACAGGGCCAUAGUCCAUCUAAGCCUGGAUAGGUACCUGAUGAUACAUGUAGAUAUUCAAGCAGUGCUUCGACUUCGCCACUUCCCGUGCUCCCGGCGCUCCCCCUAACAGCAUAGAAUGGCGCUGGACGUCACUUGGGGACAAGGCUGGGCUCUCGCCUCUGUAGGCGCGUUACUCAUCGCCGUAUACUGCUACGCCGUAGUCAAACCGACCCGACCGGGUUUCCCCAGACUAAUCGCCUCAAUUCCGGCUCUUUCGGCGAACGUCUUUCUGCCGUGGGUCUUCCGUCAAGAAGAUCAGGUGCUUGGCGUCGUCGUUAUCUACUGCAUCACGGCGUGGCUCAGCUCCUUCAAGCUCCUCUGCUUCUGCUGGAAUACCGGCGUUCUUUCCACCCCUUGGAUCUCGUCCGACCUUUACCGGUUCGUCGCGGCUCUUUCGCUCCCGAUCCACGUCCAGCCGAUCACGAAAGACCGCGUCUCUGCAGAAUUGACUCCUGAUGUGACUAAAAAGAGCGUGGCUGAAUGGAUAAUUGAUGCCGUACAGUCGGAGACGUGGACUAUGCUCUUAAUCCGCAGCAGUUUCAAGCUCAUGGUCUUUAUUUUCCUAGUGAAGCUGAUGGCUUCUCUCGACACCGUGCCGCUCUUCGUCAGGCACGUCGUCUUCGGCUGGAACCUCUUCCUCUUUGUAACCAUCGUCUGCGAAACCCUCGCCGGCGUCGCAGCGGCGUUCCUGGCGAUCGAGAUCCGGCCUCAUUUCAACCACCCGUACCUCGCCACGUCAUUCCAGGAGUUCUGGUCGCGCCGCUGGAAUCUCACCGUAAGCUCGUGCCUUCGCGAAACGAUUUUCGAGCCCGUGAAAUUCGCCGUCACGUGGUGUACGUCUCGGAUGCAGAACGGUGCCUUGCAAGACGGUGCGAUGCAGAACGGUGCGACGCCGAACGGUGAGACGCAGAAGGGCGGGCUACAUAGUAAUGUAGCUGGGCGGAACUCUCAGAGCAAGGUACAAGGCGGCGACGCUUCGGGUAAGGCAGCAGUGGAGGAGAGUAGACUACCGCAGCGGGUGGGGAUGCUCGCGACGUUCUUUGUGUCCGGAUUGGCUCACGAAAUUGCGGUCUGGUACAUAAGUAACCAGGUUACAGGCGAAAUGACGCUGUUUUUCACCCUCCACGGGAUAGUUUCAGUCACGGAAUGCUACAUCAUGCGUCAGCGGUCAGGAAAGGGAGGCCGGAGCAGAAAAGAGACGCAAUCUGCAGCAGCAGCACGGGGAGUUACCAGUGGAGGGCGUGAAGACGGGCCGUCUGCUUUUGAGUCGACUCGAAAGCGGGGAGUUACCAGUGGAGGUCAUGGACCCGAGCAGUCUAGCAGUGCGGAGUGUGAGAGAACCCAGCGUGAAUCUAGCGAAGCUGCUCUUAUAAAGGAGGCGGCGAAAAGGGAACGGCUAAAGCUAUGGGGGUGGAAGGAUGUAGGAGCGUGUAUCUUUGUUGUUGGGAGCACGGUCGUGUCGGCGCAUUUCCUCUUCUUGGCCCCGCUCACCCGGCUGGGACUCAGCCAGGAGGUGACCCGGGAAGUAAGGGCGGCUCUUGGGCGCGUCUGACAGGGCGGCCAGGGAGAGUGAAAUGCCAUUGGGCUCACCAGGCUGAGGCUCAGCCAGGAGGUGAUAAGGGAAGUAAGGGUGGCUCUUGGCCAUGCCUGACGUGAGUUUUAGUUUCUGGGUCUGCUAUUGAGUCGACUCAAACGGAGUGUCUGACGUGGUGUGUUGUUACUUCGAGCCAUGAGGUGGUCCGGGAAGUGAGGGCUGCUCUUGGAGCAGCUUUUGCAGGGGCAGGAGCAGCUCUUGCCGGGGCAGGACCAGCCUUUGCCGGGGCAGAAGCAGCUUUUCCCACAGCGGAUUCAGCAGCCGGCUCUCACCUCGUCACAUGCACCUGCACAAAAAACUGUACGGACUUUUCCCACAUGCUCACACCUCAAGUGACAAGGGUGCCAGAGGGGGUUCAUGGGCGGAUCAGGGAUUCCCGAGGCCCCCAACGCCCCUUUGGAGGGAGCUUUGGUGGGUGGGAGCUCUUGGACCUUUCCUAGGCCUGCCUGCUCCAGGAAACGGAGGGUUGUGGUAGGAGAAAGGAAUGAGCCGAUAGGAGCCUGUCUUUUUUUGGUUGUGAAUGCCGACGCUUCCAUCUCAAGCUGGUAGAAAGAGUGCCACUGGAUAGACUAGAAUGGCAGACCUGGGAGCGCCGGUUUUCAAAGAAGCAUGCUUUUAC